AUGGCAUACAGAAAAACAUCCCAUGGCAGUGUAUAUGCCCUAUUUGAAGCCUCUUUUCAGAAACCCACCGAUGCGGUGUCUAGUGAUACCUCUACAGCAUCACACAAGGCCCACUGCAGCCGCGUGGAUGCGUCUAGCAAUGCAUUGAUCCAGCGUCACAUCUUGGUUGGAGGUCGCCACGGAGACCUACCAGUUCUUGUCUACCUCGCAAUACGAGGAACAAUUGACUUUUAUGUACAUCUCAACAUUUUCGAUGCGCUCAAGACGGAACUCAAGUAUUGGCAGAGGACGGGAGUUGGCAAAUUGGUAUGGCUGGCGAACUCGUCGUUCAAGGGCGGUUUCCUUGCCGAUGCUAUGGGGCGAGGCAAGAGUCUCCAAGCCAUGGUCGCCGCCCUUGAGGUGAAGCGGACCAUGCCCACAAGGUCUGGCUUUAUUGCAAUCGUUACACGGGCUGGUUGCGUUAUACAGUGGGCAAAUGAAAUAAAGCGACACUUCAAACCAGAGCACUGCCCCUCGUGGAUCAUCAUCGACGACGCCAAGAUCGACACGACUCGCCGCCUGGAGUAUGAUAUCGUCAUUUCUUCUCGCGAAUUCCUCAAGUCCCGAUACAGAGACAGCCUUACGUUUGAGCAUUUUUGUCAUGUCAGAGUGGCUUUGGGGCUCACCGAGGCUCAGAAGAUCAAGGCAGGACGUGUACAGCGCCCAAAUCUCGUGCUGCAUUCCGACUACUACAGCCAGAUCAAUCGAAAUAUCGCUGUCCUCAUCCUGGAUGAGUCUCAUGGUUGCCGCAACGAUGAGUCGGUAUAUUUUGACGCCGUUAAGUCAUUAAAGUACCACCAUCUCUUUAUGCUCAGUGGUACACCAAUGUUUAACCAAUUCCACGAUAUCGUGGGUCAGUCACGACUCUUGCCAGGCGGUGGCCUCUUCAGUAAUAUGAAGCACUUUAGGUCACUAUUCUAUGAACACGAAGACCAGCGAUCUCCCACAGGGCCUAAAUACCAUUUGUUCACUCGACUGUAUCAGGGUUUGAUGGUGGCUCUCCCCAAAUCGAUGGUGAAACUGAUAUCGAUGAAAGGAGUGGAGUCGAAGAAAGACUCGAGUUAA